AUGAACCAAGAUGUUGAUGAAAAGAGACUGCGCACCCGCUCAAAGGGAAUCAGGAUACCCGUGGAAUCUGUCGGACAGGAUGUAAGCUGCCCUACUCCAGGAUGUAAUGGCUCAGGUCAUGCUAGUGGAAAAUAUGCACGGCAUAGAAGUUCACAAGGCUGCCCUUUAGCCAAGAAAAGGAAAAUACAAGACACCGAUCCUGAUCAACCUCUAACCAAAAGGAAAUCCCAUCCAUUGAAACUUGCUUUGGAUGAAGGUUAUAAUGGAGAUAGUGAUGGAGUAGUUGAAUUGGACUUAAAGGAGGAAUCAGUUAUAGAUGAAUCAGAAGAAGCACUUGAAGUUGAAGAUGAAAUAGAAGAAGAGGAGGAGGAGGAGGAGGAAGAAGAAAAGAAUAUGGAAGAAAUUGAAAGCGCUGAAUCAGUACCAGAUUCCAGGCAUAAAGGGCCAGAUGAUAGGCAUUAUUGGGAGGAUGGGGCCAAGCAUGUCAGUACUCGAAAGGACGAUUUUGUUAACUAUCAGGAAUUAGUUGCCAAAUCACUUCUAAAUCUUGGCAAAAUAGUAGACGAUACCGCAAUUCCUUCAUUCUCAGAUAAAAAGCCAAGUAACAGUGAGUCACAAUCUACAGAGACUUGCAUUUAUACAAAAGACAGCACACAUCAGGAGACAACAGAAGAAGAAAGUGAUUCUGGAAAGGAAAUUAUUGAAAGUGAGACUGUGACUGAAGAUUCGGAAUGCGAAAAGGAAGUUGACCAGGACCAUGACUCAAUUGAAGAAAACACAAUCGAAAAUGUGCUUCCAUCUACUGAUGAAACAAAUAAAGAACUGUGUAAAGAAUUUAAGGGCACAACUGAUUCCUCUCACUGCGGUGAGCAGAGAAUUGUUUUCCAACAAGAGGUUGAUGAGGCUGAUAAGCAGGAUAUGGAGGAGAACAAGUCCACUGAUGUGCAAUACAAGGACAGUGCUGAAGUAAUAGUGCAGCUAUCACAAGAGACAGAACAGGAAAUUCAAUGUGAAGGACAACCAAAGUCAGAAAGCUCAGCAAUUGCAGAGGACAAUCUGGAGGAAUGCACUGAUGAGAGUGAGAGUUUACCUCCAAAGUCUGCAAUCACUGAGGAGUUAGAAAUUUAUGACAUGAUGACAAAAGGAAAUCUUGGGCUCCUAGAACAGGCCAUUGCUCUGAAAGCUGAGCAGGUGAAGAUGAAGAGAGAAGAUGUUAGCAGAGAGCCCAGUAGGAUAUCAGGGGAACAAAUGAGGCAUAUCCACAUGGAAGACAAGCCAAAUAAAUCUUUGGAUCCCAUCAGGAAGAACCUUUAUAGUAAAGAUCCCUCAAGGUCCGAGAAGAGGGAGAUCAAGUGCCCUACCCCAGGCUGUGAUGGCACCGGUCAUGUGACAGGAUUGUAUCCACACCAUCGUAGUCUUUCUGGCUGCCCGCACAAGGAUAAAAUACCUCCAGAGAUCCUUGCCAUGCAUGAAAACGUUUUGAAGUGUCCCACACCGGGCUGCACAGGACAGGGGCAUGUCAACAGCAACCGAAAUACGCACAGGAGCCUUUCUGGGUGUCCCAUCGCUGCUGCUGAGAAACUGGCAAAAUCUCAUGAGAAACAGCAUAACAGUGAGUCUCCCAAGAGCAGCCAAAGUUCUGACAGAGUGUUGAGGCCGAUGUGCUUUGUGAAACAGUUGGAGAUUCCACACUAUAGCUACAGGCCUAACAUGCUGCCAGUCACCCCUCGUGCUAACCUAGCGAAGGAAUUGGAGAAGUACUCCAAGGUUACAUUUGAUUAUGCCAGUUUUGAUGCACAGGUAUUUGGGAAGCGUGUGAUUGCUCCAAAACUUCAGGCCUCUGAAAGUUCACCCAAAACCUUUAAAUCAAAACCAUUCCCAAAGGCCUCCUCACCCAGUCACAGUCUGUCUACAAACUAUGUUAAAACCUCAUCCUCAUCUGGUGGCUACGAUUAUGCUCAUGAUGCAGAAGCUGCACAUAUGGCUGCCACGGCUAUCCUCAAUCUAUCUACACGUUGUUGGGAAAUGCCAGAGAAUCUAAGCACUAAGCAUCAGGAUCAUCCCUCUAAGAAUAUGGAUAUUGAGGUGGAUGAAAAUGGAACCCUGGAUCUCAGCAUGAAUAAAAACCGUAAAAGGGAAAAUGUAUUUUCUGCAAUAAGCUCGAAUGUCAGAUCAGCCGAUUUAUCAUCCUCCUGCCUUCAUGGAAGCAACAGCACAUGCAGCAGCGUAAUGGGUUCUCCGCAGUCCAGUCAAAAUUCUAAACAGGAUGAAUACGAUGGCCCUAUUGACUACACAAAACCAAGCAGACCAAGAGAGGAAGAGUCUGAAGAGAUGGAACCUGCCACCUCUUCAUUUCCCUCAUCAGAGGCAGGAGAUCUAGAAGUGAUGGAUGAAAGUAUAGAAGAUAAAAAGUACCCAGGAGAAGUCACAAGCUCCAGCCUCAAACUGAAAUUUUCAUGCAAGGAUGCCAAGAAAGAAUUAAUAACUUGCCCAACGCCUGGAUGUGAUGGCAGUGGUCACAUAACUGGAAAUUAUGCCUCGCAUCGCAGCCUUUCUGGUUGUCCUUUAGCAGAUAAAAGUCUAAGAAACCUCAUGGCUGCCCACUCUUCAGAACUCAGGUGCCCAACUCCUGGUUGUGAUGGGUCUGGUCAUGUGACAGGGAACUAUACUUCUCACAGAAGCUUGUCAGGGUGCCCACGUGCAAAGAAAAGUGGACAGAAAUUAACACCGACCAAGGAUGAUAAAGAGGACCCUGAGCUUAUGAAAUGCCCUGUUCCUGGAUGUGAUGGGCUUGGGCAUGUAAGUGGCAAGUAUGCAUCGCAUCGCAGUGCAUCUGGCUGUCCUUUGGCCGCACGCAGACAAAAGGAAGGAUUCCACAAUGGGUCACCAUUUACCUGGAAACCUGUGAAAGGAGAUGGGCCAGCUUGUCCAACCCCAGGGUGUGAUGGCUCAGGACAUGCUAAUGGCAGUUUUCUUACGCAUCGAAGUCUUUCUGGCUGUCCAAGGGCUACUUUGGCCAUGAAGAAAGCAAAAUUCUCAGGGGAGGAUCUACUAACUACCAAAUUUAGAGCUAGUGAUGCAAUUGAGAAUGAUGAAGAAAUUAAACAACUUGACAAAGAGAUCAGUGAACUAAAUGAAUCCAACACAGAGAUGGAAUCCAAUAUGGUGAAAUUGCAGUCACAGAUUUCCAAUAUGGAAAAGAACUUGAAAACCAUCGAGGAUGAAAACAAAGUGAUUGAAGAGCAAAAUGAAGCCUUAUUCAAAGAGCUAGCUGGGUUGAGUCAGGCGCUGAUACGUAGCCUUGCUGACAUAAAACUGCCUCAAAUGCAGGAACCAAUCAGCGAACAGAAUUUUGACGCCUAUGUUAAUACCCUCACAGAUAUGUAUACCAAUAUGGAAUGCUACCAGAACCCAGAAAACAAAGCACUACUGGAGAGCAUCAAACAAGCUGUAAAGGGCAUUCAGGUCUAAAAAAAACAUUGUAUAUGAACUGUUCACCUAUCCUGUAAAUACAGUAAAUUUGUGAUUGAUAUUGAUUUAGAAAUAUUUAUAGCAAUUACGAACAUAGAAAUUGCACUUGUUUAGAGCAAGUAGUCCGUAAUCUUAUUGUGUAAAUUUUAAAAUAACGUUUAAAAUGAAUCUGGAAAGCAAAUAUGUAAACUAUUCUGAAUUCUGUAUGUUGACUCUACCUAUUUAUUUAACGUUCGUCUAUUUAUUUAGCUUUGUUUUUAAUCCAGAGGAAACUGAAUUUUUAAAAAAAAACACAAGCUUCUGAAGUGCAUGAAGGCCGUAAUAGUCCUUAUGCUGCUCCAGUACAAGCGUUUAUGAAUUUAAUUAACACAAGUCAAGUUAUUUUUGUAUUGUAUUAUUUAUUAAUUAAUGUGAUUUAUUCCCUUUUUAUGUGGAGUGAGAAUAUUUUAUAACUGACAUGUUUUGAUAAUUUUUUCAGAAAAUGUUUUGAUUUUGUUAAUAUUUUUUCCUAUUCAUGAAAAUAUUUUUCAGACAUUUACCACAGCUAAAGCAAAAUUAUGUAUUAACUACUAUUUAUUUGAUAUUUAAGCAAAUUAAUUUAAAGAGUCCUUACUGUAAUACUUAAGAGCCAUUUUUUGUGAUUGAUGUAUAUUUAUUUUGUAAGUCAAUGUGUCUGUUAUGUGACAUUCAGUUUGGAAUCAGCAUAGUCUGCGAACUUAAAUGUAUUGUAGAGUGACGCAUUUAGAAGCCUUCCUCACUGAAUAAUUUGAACAGUUUCAAAUAGGGAUGUAAUGAUCAGAAAUUUUCAUAUGGAAUGUUUACAGCCUUUUUGCAGCAGCAGCAGGUAUACAGAGUUAUACUGGGGCUCUAUUGCAUUUAUUCUCCACUGGCCAAAAUAAAACACUUAAAAAUAGUCAAUGGAGUAAACCAUUCAUCAUUUAUAGGGCAGAAGUAUAAAAAGAAAGAGCAAUUUCAGACUUCUGUACAAUGUACCGGAGUCCAACUGUAGUUUUACACAUUCCAGGUACUAAACUGUGUUUGAAUUUGUUGAAGUCUCAGGUCAUUAAAACUUGAGAUCAGGGCAUUAGUGGCGCCUUUGCCUCACUGAAAGAUAUGUAAUUUAUAAGUGAUGUUUGUAAAUCAGAUAAGAAAGCUGAACUUUGUUGCAGUGCUGAGUAUUGUAAUUAUUUACGGAAAUAAGCACUGUUCAGACACUGUUUUAGUGCAAUUUUUGUUGUGAUUGUGCAUCCAAAUGUAUGUAUCUAUGUUAAAAGACAAAAUUACUGUUUACUUGUUUAAAUACGUACAUCUUGUUGUU